AUGUCCGCGCCACCAAUCGAGGCCGUCGAGCCCGAGGAAACACAAUCGGGGGACAAGCAAGAAGCCCGAUGGGCCAGAUCUGGCAUGUCCUCGCCGGCCGGCCUCUGCGCUAGCCAGAACGAUGCGAAGAGGCACACCGAGUCCCACCAGCCAACCCAACCCCUACCAACCAGCGCCCAUGCCACUGCUCUUGGACCGGCUGGCACGGCGAGCGAUAUUUUGAGGGAGGCAACCCACUGCUUCCAGCGCAACUGCGCCUAG